UCUUUCUCUCUCUAACCUUUUCGAAAAAGGCAGAAACAACCGACCUAAAAAUAAACUGCGAAAUCUUACUUUUUUUUAGUUUAAAUUGUCAACUAUUUAUAUAAAUUUCUGCAGAUAAUCCAAAGUACCCUUCCAAUCCAGUAUAAUUUAUCCAACAAUCUAAUUCCUUUAUUUGAUUUUCUAAUUUCUUCUUCGUUUUUCCUUAUAUUCAUGAUCUAGUUUAGUUUCGGAACAAUGACGAGGGUAAGUCGGGUUUUUGGUGAUACUAUGCAAAAGGAAGCAGUUCCAGCAGUUUCAGCUGAUGUAGUAUUUGCCACGACCUCAAGUCGUUUUCCUAGUUACAAAAUCGGGUCCAAUCUUCAGAUUGCAGAUGCCAAAGAAGAUCGCAAAGCUUUGUCUAUGAAGGAGGUUGUUGCACGUGAGACCGCGUUGUUAUUGGAGCAGCAGCAACGGCUCUCUGUUCGUGAUCUUGCUAGUAAAUUCGAGAAGGGGUUAGCUGCUGCUGCUAAGUUGUCUGAAGAGGCUAAAGUAAGAGAGGCAGCUUCACUGGAGAAACAUGUCCUUUUGAAGAAGCUUCGAGAUGCCUUGGAAUCUUUAAAAGGACGUGUGGCUGGAAGAAACAAGGAUGAUGUAGAAGAAGCUAUUGCCAUGGUGGAAGCUCUGGCAGUUCAACUGACUCAAAGAGAAGGAGAAUUAAUUCAAGAAAAGGCAGAAGUGAAGAAACUAGCAAAUUUCCUUAAGCAGGCUUCUCAAGAUGCUAAGAAACUUGUUGAUGAGGAAAGAGCUUUUGCUCGUGCUGAAAUUGAGAGCGCAAGAGCAGCAGUUCAGAGGUUGGAAGAAGCCCUUCAGGAGCAUGAAAAAAUGUCUAGAGCUUCAGGCAAACAGGAUCUGGAAGAAUUAAUGAAGGAAGUUCAAGAGGCCAGACGGAUCAUAAUGCUGCACCAACCAAGCAAGGUUAUGGAUAUGGAACAUGAGCUUCGUGCAUUAAGAAUUCAACUUGCAGAGAAGUCGAAGCGUUCCCUACUACUUCAGAAAGAGCUAGCAAGAAGCAAGGGAGUUGAAGAUUAUUUAUCCCAUUUGUAUGAAUUAGAUGGUGCUGAAACCUUAGGUGCAUAUUUGCGGAUUAAACCUUGCUCUGAUGUUGCUCCGGAAAUUUCGAAAUGUUCAAUUCAGUGGUAUCGUAUUUCAUCUGAAAGUGGCAAAAGGGAGGUAAUAUCAGGUGCUAGCAAAUCAGUUUAUGCUCCAGAGCCUUUUGACGUUGGUCGAAGCCUGCAGGCUGAGAUUAUUUAUGAUGGCCAGCUAAUCAAGUUGGCAACUACUGGUGCUAUUGAUCCAGCUGCUGGUUUGGGAAGCUAUGUGGAGGCACUUGUGCGGAAACAUGAUGUUGAAUUCAAUGUCAUUGUUACCCAAAUGAAUGGUGUAGAUCAUCCAUCAGAAUCUCUUCAUGUACUACAUGUAGGAAAGAUGAGGAUGAAGCUACGUAAAGUAAAUACAACAAUUGCUAAAGAAUAUUAUUCCAGCUCAAUGCAGCUCUGCGGAGUUCGAGGGGGUGGAAAUGCAGCUGCCCAGGCAUUGUUUUGGCAAGCAAAGAAAGGGCUCUCGGUUGUAUUAGCAUUUGAGUCGGAGAGAGAUAGAAAUGCAGCCAUUAUGCUUGCCAGAAGAUUUGCAUUUGAUUGCAAUAUCAUGCUUGCUGGCCCUGAUGACAGAACUUCGAUAAGAACCUAAUACAACUACCAAGGAUUCUGGUUCCGCUAAUUGUAGCUUUGUAAGUAUGUUGAGGAUUAUCGAUUAUCAUGUACCAUAAGUUUGUACCAGUAGCACAUGGCAGGCAUUGUUUUGAUUCUGAUUCUGAUUCUGUAUUGGGUUUUCACCUUUUUCCCCCCUUAAGGUUGCCGAGGCAUUUUCCUCGCUGGUUUGCCUUUUGUGUUAAAGAAACA